CAUUUUCCCACUCAUAGAAGUGCCCGAUCUGAAGCCCCUCAGAUCAACGCCAUGGAUGACGUCGCGGGCGUCAAGAAGGGCAAAUGGGCGUUCGUCCAGUUCUUCUUCGUGCUCUGCGUCGUCCUGUGCGUGCUCCUAUACGCACCUCGCGUCCUCGUCUUUGCCCCGUACGGCAUCGACUUCUUCGCCCCGAGCUCUACGCAAGAAACGUCGUGUAUGUCAGAACUGGGGCCGCACGUCGCGGCCAAUGCAGGAGAUGAAGGCCCGAUUCUUGACAACCAGGUGGGCUCCCCGUGCUCGUCCAUGCGCAACAACACCAUCUGCUGCGACCGCUCGGACUUCAACACCGACGUCUGCUUCAUGGCCGGCGACGUGCGCACGGACGCGGCGUCCCUGUCGCUCCUGCUGUUCCCGCCGCAAGCGCCAGGGCGUAACGCCACUGCGGAGGAGCGGGUACAGCCCUACCCGCGCAAGUGGGAGAAGUACAUCAUGAGAAGGAUCCAUGAGGUGCGGCUCCGGGUGGCCCAGGCGGAGGAAUCUGCCGAGCACCGGUGCGACGUCCGGCACGACGCGCCGGUCCUCGUCAUGUCGGCUGGGGGCUACACCGAUAACUUCUUCCACGCGUUUAACGACGGGCUCUUGCCGUCGUGGCUGACGGUGCAGCACCUCCGCCGCCGCGUCGUGCUCGGGGUCCUCUCAUACAACCCGUCAUGGGCUGGCACGUUCAGCGAGAUAAUCUCCGGUCUCUCGGACUACCGCGUGGUCGACCUCAUCAACGACAAGAGGACGCAUUGCUUCACCGGCGCCAUCGUGGGCACUCGUUUCCACGGCAUCCUCAACGUCGAACCCACGAGGCUCCGGGAUAACAAGACCAUCUUUGACUUCCACCAGUUUCUCGCCGACUUGUACGAGAUGACCGAGGGCCACAAGCCGGAGAAGCACCAACUGGUGCCGCACACGCGGCGGCCAAGGCUCGGGAUCGUGUCACGCAAGGGGACGCGCGUGAUCGAGAACCAGGCGGCGGUGGCGCAUCUCGCGUCGUCGAUCGGGUUCGACGUGGACAUCCUGGAGACGGCCAACGGGAUGCCACUCUCGGCCGUGUACGCGUCGGUGAGGGCGUGCGACGCGCUGGUGGGCGUGCACGGCGCGGACCUGACCAAGUUCCUGUUCCUGCGCCCCGGCCGCGCGGCGCUAGCCCAGAUCGUCCCGCUCGGCCUCUCGCCGAACGCGCGCGCCUGCUUCGGCGUGCCGUCCGCGAGGAUGUGGCUGCACUACGACAAGUACGACGUGCGCGGGCACGAGAGCUCGCUGAGCCGCAAGUACGGGCUGGACGACGUGGUGGUGGCGGACCCCGAGAAGGCGAAGCGGGACAAUGGGUGGGACAUCGUGGCUGUGGCGCGCGUGUACCUGCGCGGGCAGAACGUGAGCCUGGACCUUGGCAGGUUCCGGGAGGCGCUGGCCAGGUUGCAUUCGCAAGCCCUGCUGCUUCAGCGACAGGAGAUCCCCAAACGCUGAUCUCGGCACGGUUGGGGAUCAGCAUUCAGCAGCCAUCAGUACCAUGGAUCCAUGUGGGUGGCUGAACCAUUUUGGAUUCUCGACGAUACGGUACGCAAAGGCUAUGUGAAUGUGAACGAACAAUGGUGGAAUCAAACUUAGUUACUGGAGGGAUGUGUGGUUGAUGGCUUAGAAGAGUUGUAGACCUCCUAAUUCCAAAAAGUAUCAUCAUAUUCAAUAUACCGAUGAUAUAAUUAUGAUGAUCGAUGACUCUUGACAGUUCUAUUCUUAA